AUGUCGAAAUCAACAGAUAAUAAAAAAAAUACCCAAAAAUUACAUAUUCAGUUGAAUAGCAAUACUGAUUUGCCACCUUCAAGGUCAGUUCCUUCGAUUCUUACUGAUAAAGAUAAACAUCCACUAAUGUCACCAAAGAUCGAAAGAAUCAAAUCUUUAAAUAAGUUAGAUAUAAGAUCUCCCAUUUUAUCUCACAGUAUUACCGAAGAGAAUUCAUUAUAUCGUGUAGGAAGUCGUAUUAGUAUGGCAUCUAAAGUGGUAAGUGCUAUACCUCAGACCAUCAUGUCUAUGAGGAAUUAUUAUAAUGAUUUCACCACCAUUGAUUGGGCUGAUGCUUUCAUAAAGAAUAAUAAAUUCCAGUAUGAACUUCAUCUGAAGCAUUGGAUGGACAGUCAAUCAGAAUCUGACAAUACUAAAAUCCCCUUAUAUGAGAGAAUUUAUUAUAAUCUAGGUCGUUGGGUUUUGAUAGUUCUCAUAGGUUUUGCAUUUUCUUUAGUUGCCUAUGGUAUAGAUAAACUCGAAAUAACAUUGGUGGGGUUCAAAUAUGGAUAUUGUUCUUCGAAUUGGCUUGCAAGUCAAGUUUCAUGUUGUUCUAAACUUGAACAAUCCCAACCAUUGUCUAAAAAUGUAUUCAAAUCGGGUUACGUAAUGAAUUCAAAAGUUUCAUCAUCAGAAUUGGAAUGUAUUGAUUGGAUAACAUGGGAUAGUUUCUUCAAGGGCAUAGAUUUACAUAAGAUCAUUCCGUUGGAUUUCGUUAUUUAUGUCAUAUUGACUAUAUUUUUAGCUUACAUAGCUUGUUUAAUCACCUUAACAACAAAAAUCACCGGAGGAUAUCCUGUUGAAGAGAAUGAAGAUCUUGAAGCUAGUGAUCUUAACCUAUCUUCAUCCAAUUCUACCGUGGAACAAACAAUUCCUAAACAAAAACCUAUGGAAUUAUACACUGCUGCUGGAUCAGGAGUUCCUGAAGUCAAAACGAUUUUAUCAGGGUUUGUCAUCAGGAGAUUUUUAGGUACUUAUACUUUUGUAGCCAAAACCAUCGCUUUGGUAUUAGCUAUAGCUUCUGGAAUGUCUUUAGGUAAAGAAGGUCCUUAUGUUCAUUUAGCUACUGCCACAGGGAAUAUUCUCACCAGGUUUUUCCCCUUCGUAACUGAAAAUGAAGCCAUACAAAAACAAAUUUUAUCAGCAUCGGCCCUGAGUGGUGUGGCAUUAGCUUUCGGUUCUCCCUUGGGUGGAGUUUUAUUCAUCUUAGAAGAAAUCAAUCACUCGUUACCAUCAAAUCAAUUAUUUCAAAUAUUCUUUUGUUCCAUCAUAUCAACAUUAUUCUUGAAGUUCUUGGAUCCUUAUGGAACUGGGAAUAGUGUGUUGUUUGAGUUAAGCUAUUCAUCGGAUUGGAAACCAAUUGAAUUGUUAUUUUUCAUAAUGAUUGGGUUAGCUGGAGGAAUCUUUGGUGCUUAUUUUGUUAAAUUUGUAGGUUGGUGGCCGAAAAAUUUCCGUUCAUUACAAUUCGUAAAAGGUAAACCAGUCUUUGAAGUAAUAUUGAUUGCUUUGAUUACAGGAUUAGUCACUUUCUGGAACCCUUACACGAAACAAGCUACAGCUGAAUUAGUAUUGGAUUUAGCUACUUCAUGUGAUUCUCAGUUGGAUAGAUCUUUAUGUCCAACUGAUGGUCAUCAAUUCGUCAACGUUUUAUUAUCAUUAUUGUUCGCUUUGAUAGUGAAAGUUGUCCUUACUUCUAUCACUUUUGGUUUGAAAUUACCUAUUGGGAUUUAUGUUCCUUCCAUGGUGAUUGGUGCUUUGUUCGGUAGAUUAUUUGCAACCUUCAUUGAAUUUUUAAACUUCACUUAUAAUUGGAAUUUAUUAGGUGAUGGAGGAAAUGUAUCUUCGAUGAUGAACAUGAUGUGUGGAUCGGAAAAAGGGUGUGUGGAUUUAGGUAUUUAUGCUAUGAUCGGUGCAGGUGCAUUUCUUGCUGGAGUUACCAGAAUGAAUAUCACGUUGGUUACCAUUUUAUUUGAAAUCACUGGGUCAUAUACUUAUGUGUUACCUUAUUCGAUAUCAAUUGCGGUAGCUAAUUGGAUGGGUAAUUACAUUGAAAGUAAUUCUUUGUAUGAAUCAUUAUUAUUAGCAAAUAAUUAUCCAUUCAUGUCACCAGAAACUGAACCUAUUGAUCCUUUUAAAACAUCAGGAGAAAUCAUUGAAAAUUCAGUUAUCAAUAAUGAUGUUCAUGAUUCUGGAACUACUACUCCACAAAGGAGUACUCCUUUGACACAAUUUUCAAUACCUCAUUCUAUUGCUUCUUAUGAAAAUGAUGAUAAGUUAUUCAUUGAUAUCAGUAAAUCUCCAUACGUUUCCAACACCAUUUUGAAGAGUAAAUUACUCAUUCUUGCAAAUGCUUCGAUGUUAGAUGGGUGCAUUCCUUUGCUUAAAAAUCAAGUUUGUGUAGGAUUGAUAUUCUUUUCAGAGUUGGAAUUUUGGCUUGAUAAAAUUGAUGAAUUCUGCAUUCAGUAUGAAAUUGAUGAUGAAAUUUACUGUAAAGUUCAUAGUGAAGACUCAUACCAUAAAGAAAGUUUCAAAGUUCCUCUCAGGAGAAACCAAAGUGUAUUGAAAGAUAGCAUUGAAAACGAACAAGAUUAUUUCAAUUAUGGAUCAGUUGAUGAAACAACUCAAAGAUUGGAACUUGAUCUUCAAAACGAAUUGAAAUCACUCAAUGAUUUCACUUCAAUUGUAAGUCAAAAUUUGAUCUUCUUGAAUUAUGAUAGUGAAUUGAGUUUGGCUCAUUUAGUAUUUGAUAAGAUUGGUAAUAGAGUUAUAGUUUUGUUGAAGGAUGGUAAAUAUUACGGAAUCUUGCACAAAAAAACCUUAAUAGAUUAUAUAAGGAGAGAGCAUUCGUAG